CACAAGCAACAGACAACAACAACAGCAGGCGACAGCAUCAACAACCUUCUUCCCUACCACAAACCUUGUCGUCUUCAUACACUAACUCAUCAUCGUCUUCACUGCCGUUCCUCUGCUACUGUACCAUUUCAGGCGCGCCAAAGCAAUUGCUCCCACUGCUUCUCACCUCAGAGCUACACGUCACCUCGCUCAGCCCAGCGCCCCCGGUCUGCUAAUUCACAAUGGUCUGGCUCAAUGACCAACAAAAAAUCGGCGUCGGCCUCGUCUCAAUAGGUUCCCUCUUCCUCAUCCUCGGCAUCAUCCUCUUCUUCGAUGCCGCCCUCCUCGCCCUAGGAAAUGUCCUCUUCACAUCAGGCAUCACCCUCCUCAUCGGUCCUCAAAAGACCUUUUACUUUUUCGCAAGGAAACAAAAGAUUAGAGGAAGCAUCUGCUUCUUCACGGGGAUGAUACUGGUCUUUUGUAGAUGGACCUUCGUGGGGAUGCUAGUGGAGAUGUUUGGAUUCUUGAACCUCUUUGGUGACUUCUUCCCCGUGAUUCUAAACUUCCUACGCCAACUCCCCUUCAUCGGACCACUGCUCAAUGCACCGGGGGUAAGAGCCGUUCUGGACAGGCUGGCGGGAUCCAGGACAUCAGCCGUCUGAGCCGAGCGAUAGGAUCAAUGUGUAAAUCGAUGAGAGAGCAAAAGCGAAAUAAGAAAAGGACGUGGAUCGUACCGGUCAGUGGGCCACUGCCGAGCUUUCAGGAAGAAGGGGGGGAGCGUCAGACGAGGCCCGGCAGACCGGAUUUGAAGGGCUGCAAAAGAUCGCUGCUGCCAUCGACCAGGACAAAUCAGCCGAGGAGGGUGGGUCGUCAAAGGAAGAUCCCAAGCCGCUCCGCUGUACCAUUCUAUCGCACCUUUUUACCUGCCCUGAAUCGGAAUCAUAUCAUAGAGACACUUGGCGCCUAACA